UGGUGCCAUCGCUGUUUCUCCCCUCAACGCUGAAAAGAGAACACGAACUAACACACAAAAGAAAAUUUUAGUUUUCCGUACAUUUCAAGAUUCAAGACCGACCCAGCCCAGAAAAGCGGAAAACAGACCGGACACGCCAACGACUGCAACUGCAAUCAAACCAGGAGCUUUCCACAACAUGCAAACCAUCAAGUGCGUGGUCGUCGGUGACGGAGCCGUGGGCAAGACCUGUCUGCUCAUCUCCUACACAACCAACAAAUUCCCCUCGGAGUACGUGCCCACGGUGUUCGACAACUAUGCGGUGACGGUGAUGAUUGGCGGCGAGCCCUAUACACUGGGCCUCUUCGAUACGGCUGGUCAGGAGGAUUACGAUCGGCUGCGUCCGCUCUCCUACCCCCAGACGGACGUCUUCCUUGUCUGCUUCUCAGUAGUCAGUCCAAGUUCCUUUGAGAACGUCAAAGAGAAGUGGGUGCCGGAGAUCACACACCAUUGCCAGAAGACGCCGUUCCUGCUGGUGGGCACACAGAUCGAUUUGCGCGACGAGACCAGCACGCUGGAGAAACUGGCCAAGAACAAGCAGAAGCCCAUCACCAUGGAGCAGGGCGAGAAGCUGGCCAAGGAGCUGAAGGCAGUCAAGUAUGUGGAGUGUUCGGCUCUGACGCAGAAGGGCCUCAAGAACGUAUUCGACGAGGCCAUUCUUGCCGCAUUGGAGCCCCCAGAGCCGACCAAGAAGAGGAGGUGCAAAUUCUUAUAAUUUUCCUUAUAUUUUUUUUUUCCACUCCACCCCCCUCCCCCAACUAUGUGUAUCCUUUUCAUUCUUGCUAUCAGCCGUCGCAACAUCCCGACGCCUUCCCAGUCCCCUUCGUCCACGCGACAUUCAAUAUAUAUUCAUUAUAUAUGUUUUAAUUGUAUUAAUCAGCCUCCGAUGCGGUCGGAGCUCAGACCUUAGCCCCAGCCCAUUUUACUCGUGUCCAUCUCGUCCUUAUCUGUCUGUUGGCUUCCUCCGGAGCUAGAAGAGUGAAUGUCGCAGAGUGGUAGUUGCUUUUCAACUCGGAAUCAUCUUCCGCCCCCGAAACCGCCCCGAAAACAAUUUUUUUUAGCCCCUAGAGCCCUACUUGAGCCCUACAUGCAACUUGAAAGCACCCAAAUAAAAUCCAAGCCCGGUCCGCAGUACCAUUUCUCGUCGGGUCCAUUUCUGCUCCCAUUCUGGUUUUUUGGCGCAAUUUUCUUAUUAAGUAAAGAGAAGAAACACAAUAACAAUAUAGCAAAAAAAAAAUAUUUAUAUAUUUCUUUAUAUAUGAAUAAAUACAUACAAAAAGUAAGAGAAAACAGCAAAAAAAAAAAUAUAUAUAUAUAUAUAUAUAUAUAUAUAUGAAAAAAAAAGGAUUAUAAAAUAAAAAAAAAAUGCCACGAGCAAUGUGGGAAGUAACAAAUAUGCAAUAUUUUGUUUUGCAUCAGUCGUCGAUCAAAAAAGAAAUAUUUGCAAUCCGUGUCGAAGGCGACAGCGACAGAAGAACCCCCAAGAACAGCGUGAAACAAGCAGAAGUGCGAAGAACAUAUAAAAUAUUAUUGAUAAACUAAAGUCGUAAUGUUUAAACAGCGCAGGAAGGAUUUCGCAUAUUAUUAUGUAAAACUAAGAGUAUUGAGAUAUGAUUAAAAGUAAAAUAAAUGAAACGAAAACAACAACAAACUAAGCGUUGCAACCACACACACACAGACACACAACUGAAAUCUACAAUCUAUAUAAAUAUAUAUAUAUAUAAAACUAUGAUAUAUAUAUAUUUAAAUAUGUAUAAUCCAUAAAUUAUAACAAUAAACGGAAAACGGAGCAAGAGCAACAAACAAAUUUGUAUUGCAGUUCAGGAACAAAAGAAAGCGAAAGAAAUACGAACUAAUGCAUUUUUUAAUAUUUUUAUAUGUAUACAUUAUCAAUUUUUACAUUUUUUUUCUAGACCUUAGUGAUUUAACAUUAUUGAUUUCAGAUAAUACCUUAUAAUAAAAACGAAAUCCAAAACGA